AUAUAAACAUUCACAACCAACUUCACUCCAGUCGGUUUUUACCAGCCGAGCAGUGCAGACGUGCCGAUCCGUUAUCAACCGCUCCAGCCAUGGUGUCCUUAACUGUUGAAGAUUUCGGUGUGCAUAAUGAGAAGAAAGUGCAGAAGUUCACAUGGCACGCAGAGGGCGGCAUGACAGUCUCUGUCAUUUCCUAUGGAGCUAUCAUACAGUCUAUUAAGGUCCCAGACUGUUUUGGCGUCACGAAGGACGUGGUCCUCGGAUUCGAUGACCUUGACGGCUACGUGAACAGGAACACUCCGUAUCUUGGGGCCACUGUGGGCAGAUGCGCCAACCGCAUCGGAAACGCGAGCUUCGAGAUCGAUGGCAAAACCUAUCCCUUAGCUAAGAAUAGUGGAAAACAUCAUCUGCAUGGAGGACUCAUUGGUUUUGAUAAGGUGGUAUGGGAUGCUACCGUUAGUGAAGCCAAAGUUACCCUGAGCUACUAUUCCAAGGACAUGGAGGAAGGUUACCCCGGAGACCUGGUCACCAGCGUGGUCUACGAGCUAAAGAACGACCACACUUUCCAUGUGGAAUUCAUUGCUACGACUUCUAAGAAGACUGUGGUCAACCUGACCAACCACUCAUACUUCAACCUUGCUGGUCACGACACCGGGGCGCAGGAGAUGUACAAACACCGCGUCGUUAUUAAUGCUGAUCGUAUCACCAAGACGGAUUCAGACUCAAUCCCCACGGGUGCUUUCACCGACGUGGAAGGGACGCCAUUCGACUUCAGGCUCGAGAAACAAGUGGGUGAAGGUAUCGUCUCCGGAAAGAACCUGUUUGACGACAAUUACUGCGUUAACACCAGUGGAACCGAGGUUUUGAGCUUCGUAGCCAAGGCCCUUCACCCUGACUCGGGCCGCUACAUGGAGGUGCACAGCGACCAGCCAGGAGUCCAGUUCUACACCGGGAACUCCUUACCGAGCCCCAAAGAAAACGCCAUCGUCGGCAAGUCUGGUGUCGGCUACCGUCGCCACGGAGCCUUGUGCUUCGAAACCCAAAAGUUCCCGGAUGCCGUCCAUCAUACCAACUUCCCAUCCGCGAUCCUCACUCCUGGAGAAGUGUACAAACACCGCGUCGUCUACAAGUUUGGAGUCAACAGGAAUAAUAAAUUUGGAGGCCCUACUGUUAUUUCAGCAUAAUUCGAAAGGGGCAUUAAAGGGGUAACACUACACUGCAAUUUAUUAAAUGUUGAGGAUGGCCCAUAACAUUUUCGUACUUCACUUUGAUUGAAAAGGAGAUCUCGUCAAAACCUAUGUUAAUACCUGCGUUUCAAAUAAGUUGAUAACUGACUGUUUUGAUUUUAAAACUAUUAUUAUAUCGUCAUCAUACUAGCUUUUUUCCAGCUUCGGCUUCCAUUCUAACCGGAUGCGAAGUACCAGUGUUUCACAAGAAGCGACUGCCUAUCCGACCUCAAUUACCUGGGCAACAGGAUACUUUUUAGUCAGACUUCAUAGCUUGUGACCACCCGUAACGACUGUCAAAGAUCUGUAAACAACUAUCUAAAAUUUGUCAUGUUUUUUGGUCCCCUGUACAACUUUGAGUAAGAGGUGAUGAUGCGAAGAUCGUUUUGACCACUUUCUGGACUCUCUUUCUGCAGUCUUCCCUUAUAAGAAUUCGGGCAUGGGUCUAAGACAUAAUGUGGUGUGAUACCCUUUUAACAACUUUGCUGCAUGUACCUCAGCAUUCGGAAUAUAAUUACCCAGAAAGUGCAAUACUUACCUAUGUACCAAAAGAAUAUGUAUUUACUAUAAACAUGGUACUGAUCUACUUUUUAUAUUUUGUUUGCAUUUAUAGUGUCAUCUGAACUAAAUAAAUAAAUCAAUAUUUUGA